AUUUGAUUGGCUAACGCGCAGGAGUGGGCGGGCGGCAGGCUGCGGCGCGGUUAGGCUGCACCGACACCGGGUUACAUAGGGCGGAGUCCGGCGUGUCCUUGGGCAGACGCCGGGCGGUGCGGGGCGGCCGGGGUGCGGCGGCAGCAGCGGGACAGCGCUGAAGAUGGGGGACGUCGAGAAGGGCAAGAAGAUCUUCGUGCAGAAAUGCUCCCAGUGCCAUACGGUUGAGAAGGGAGGCAAGCACAAGACCGGACCCAACCUACACGGCCUGUUUGGGCGCAAGACCGGGCAGGCUGAGGGCUUCUCCUACACAGAUGCUAACAAGAAUAAAGGUAUCACCUGGGGUGAGGAUACCCUGAUGGAGUAUUUGGAAAACCCAAAGAAGUACAUCCCAGGAACAAAGAUGAUUUUUGCGGGUAUUAAGAAGAAGUCCGAGAGAGCAGACUUAAUAGCAUAUCUCAAAGAUGCCACUGCAAAGUAAAAGUUAUCUGCUGCCUUAUUUAUUUCACAAAGGAGAUGGCAAUGGAAAUAUCUGUGGCGAGAUUGGUUUUUAAAUGUUCUAUUUUUACAUGUACCAUGUCUAACCUUAAAAUUGGUCUUACCCAUCAGAAAAUGUUGCUCAUGGUGGGAUGCUGGACUACACACUUGUUUGGCAGCCACUAACUUAAGGAAACUAUGUAAUUGGAUUGAUUUAGAUGAAUAUAAUGUUCAGUCAUUCUUGAUCAUGGAAUUAAAAAAAAAAAAAAAACAACACUUCUGGCCUCUUUAUUGUUUUUUUUUUAAAAAAAAAAAAAAGCAUUGAAUGAGUAAUUGUUAAUAGUAUAACAGGUUUGGCAGCCCAACUCUUCCAGAUAAAAAAGGAGGAUGGGCCUUGGCAUCUUCCACCAUAAAUCUGUGGCAUUACUUUAAAAAUUUACUUUAAAAAAAAUAUAAAAAUAU